AUGCUGGUUGCCAUGGCUAUAAUUUUUGCCCUACUUGCUACAGUAACAAGAGCAGUUUGUCUAUUUUAUCCAUUCCUAUUCGUGAUCAUUUUCGAAUUCUCAAAACAUUUGAUAAUUUUCUUCCUGGUGGCACUUAAACUUACCUAUCCUGAAAAAUAUGUCGCAAUAAUUGGUACACAAGGGCUCAGUCGACUACGGAAAUUGACAAAAAGCACCCGCUCCGAAGAUGAGCUCUACUAUAUAUGGUGUGGAUUUUGUGUGGUCUAUUUUGUACUAGUUGCACUGACUAUUGUCCGAAAUAUAAUGGACUAUCAAUUAAAAGAACGCUUAAGGCGUCAACAUCAGAAUGCCUAUCAGCCGCCUCUUAUGCAGCCUGUCCAUCGGCGAAGACUAUUACUUCCGAGAGAUCAAGAAGUUGGAAAUUUGAACCAGGACGAUCCACCUCCAUACUCAGCCGCCAUACGGCCCGGGAGCGUAGUCGAAACAGCGAAAGAAGAAACAGAUCCUCCUCGUUACUCUCAGCUUGAACUACCAGUUGAUCGUACGAUCAGCUCACAGUCGUGUCCCAGUGAAAAAUCCGAUGAGACUGAGACAGCUCUGUUAAACAAAUCAAAGACUCCUCCACGUAACAAACGAAGU